CUACGAGCCAGAACUACAUCCAGGCGUGACUUACAAGCUUGAAAGCCCUAAAGCUACGUUGAAAAUAUUUUCAACUGGAAGUAUUACCGUGACAGCUCCCAGUGUUCAUAAUGUACAGUGUGCCAUAGAGCACAUAUAUCCCCUAGUAAGUGAAUUUGGAAAAGCGCGCACUGAAGAAGAAAUGGCCGAAUACUGGGAACUCAAGGCCAGACGACAAUUUUUUCAAGAGGAGGAGGAGUCCGACUCUGAUAAUCCCGCCGAUAUUUGGUCGCAAGAUCUGUAGUUUUGUACAUGUUGAAAAGUGUUAUUCACCUAAUAAGAAAACUCAUCUGCAAUCAUCAUGCAUAUCAAGCAGUAUAUAUGGUGUUAAUUGAGUUUUGUACUAUCACAUCAUUCAUAUUUUUACAUUCACUCAGCCUUCUUUAACAUAUUAGGUUGGUGCCAACCAAGGUUACUUUAGCUAGUCAUAAGGCCAAACAAUUAUUUUUGUGUUUCCGGUAAAGAGCAGAUACUGAGAUUAUUACAGUACGUGGAAUUUUUUUAAGUUUGGCUGCAUAGACAAUUGAUUAUAUACUUUUUAAGAAUAUUGAAACCAGUUUGAUGAGUAGAUAGAUUUUACUAUCUGUUAGAAAUUAUAUCUCAUGAGCUGUUACUUGAAGUGUGGAAAUUUUCUUUAAAUGGGAAAUGUUUGAAUACAGGCUGAACCUAAGUAUUUGAAAAGGAAAGAGUUAACAGUGGACUAAAGCACAAAUACAGCAGUUGACCUGCAUGGUGUACGAGCAAGGAAGUAGUUGAUUUUUAAAAGUACCAAUGCCUACAGCAAUUCUUUACUGAAGUAGAGUAAGGCAGUGGUUUUCUUAUGCUACUAUCUAACUGGUACUUUAUAGUCCUGCUAAUUGUCAUACUUUUCACACACUUUUCAUUUGUUGUUGGUUGCUUUACUUUUGUAUAUAGUCUAACAAGCAUGCAAAUUAUUUUUUAGCUUUGCAAUUGGAUCUUAAAUACUUGUUGGUGUGGAGAGUUCAAACAUAGCUCAGCCCAAAAAAUAGGAAAGAACUUAUAUUGACCAUAUUCACUGAGGGUCUGACAAACAGGUAAGCCUAAUUGCUUAUCAUUAUAGACCUCAUACACUUCAUUUAAUGCAAACAGUUUAUUUUUGUGCCUACCCACUGUGGUGGUGUCCAACUAUUGAGAAGGGUACACAAAUAUAAAUCAUGAGGAAUUUAAUAGCAACAGUGGGAAAUAAGAAUUAUGGAUAAAGUCCUAACCAUUUCCACAACUUAUAACCUAGUACCCCAAUCUUAGUUUUAUUUCAGUCUCUCAUCCAUCAUGGUGCCUCCAAUGUGAGGAGAUAAACUUAGGUGUGUUGUAACUCCUGAAAUUAUUCCAUAACUACCUAGCCUAUCACUAUCCUGUAUCAGGGUAUUUCUCUGCACCAAAGAACAAGGCGAAUGCAGUUUUAUAGUGGGGAAUAUUUACCCCAUUAACUAAAUUAUUAAAAGUUGAACAUUCCAAAUGAAUGGUUAACUUGAGGGAAUCUCAUAUAUUCUUCUCUUUAAUUCAUUAGGAAUAACUUACACAAAUAAUAUCUAUGUUAAAGAAUUGCUCAUGAUGAGGGUUUAAGCCCUCGCUUAAUAAGACACUCGACAUUACAACAAUUCAGUAACACUUUGUGAAUCUCUUGCCUAUAUCUGUGAAGUGUACUGUGAAAGUGUGUUAAAUUGCCCUUAAGUGUACUGCAACUCUUUCCAUCACUAAACACUUUCCUCUUGCUUUUUCCUUACUAAAAGUGCUAGCCUUCAUUAAUGUGUUUCUUUCAUAGCUUUCUUAGUUUUUAGGACUGUGUUCAGUAAGUGAUAUUGAGGAAGCAAGAAAACAGUCAAGGGUGGUCUGCUUUCAUAUCUCUUAUACUAUAUGUAAGAAAGGUUUUCUUGGCUUUGACAGCAUUUUAAUUCUUGGUAGUCAGAUUAUUAAGAAGGUUUGUAUGUUUGGCAUAUUUUAUUCUAAUGUGAAUUUCUUGUCACCACAUAAAGGAUAACUGUUCAGUUCUUUAAAAUGCCAUGAUGCCAGUAAGGAUUAAUUAAUGAGACACAUAAGCACUAAAUCUGUAGUCUUGAGAAAUAUCUUUGAUAAAAAUUUUGCAUUAUGAAUUUACAUUCAUUUCAGUCUAGGAAUACCAAGUCAUAAACACAUACUUUGCUAGUGGUUCAGUCAUUUAAUAUAAAUAUUAUGCCUCUUAUUCAUAACUGAAUACUCCUCUCUUGUUUAAGUUUGGCCUGGGAAGGGGAACAUGAAUUAAAAAAUAUAUAGAAAGUCUAAGUUAUUGAAAGCAUUGAAGAAAUAACAUCCCUAUUCAACCAGUUUAUCAUCACCAGUGAUUACAAAUGUACUUAAGUGUUUGAGUAUUGGCCAUGAUUUCUUCUUGCAUCCUAAAUUAGAGUACUGUAAUAAGUGUUGUGGCAUUUAUUACAAUACAUUUGUUGAAAUUUACAUUGUUUUGAGAUACUUGAGAAUUGUCCCAGUAAGGUAUUUUAUAAUUCUUCUAAAUAAUGGUUAUUAUACAGUAUUUAGCCCUCUGCCACAAGUAAACUAAUGCAGUAAUAGCACUAUUUUAUAAUCAUCAUUUUAUUCCAGUGGAUCUAUAUUCAUUCAUUGUUUCAUUAGCACUUGGUUUGCCAUAUUUUAAUAGACUCCAAUUGUACCAGAGUCCACAUAAUACACUCCCAACAUCUAGAAUGCUUGGUGCUCUCACUCAAACCAGCUUUCUCACUGAAAGUCCCACCUUUAAUGCACACUCACUCUUUGACAUUUUUAAACUAACCACUUACACCACCUAUGACCACUUUUGCAUCUACACUAAACCCCCCACCUCCCCUAGCCCCUACCCUUGCAUAAUUGACGAUACUGGUGAGAGGGGGACUCCUGAUGCAAGGAAUUUGACUUGUUCAUCCCUUCCUCAGAUUGAACCUAAUUGCUUCCCAUUCCUCAAGCAAUUCUAUAACCACAGCAGAUUUACCACUUUCCCUUAAAUAUAAUAAUGUGAUGUAUGACUCAUGCUGGCUUAGCAUAUGCUUUGAAUAUGAUGAUAAAAAAAAAGUUUAAUUGUUAGAUGCCUUAUAAAGAUCUGACUAGAGGAAAAUCUUGCUCACUAAUGACUGAUAUUCUUUCCUCUACAUACAUAUUGGUGCACCAUUUUAGUACACUGGGGAUGAUCUAGCUGCAGGUUUUUAACAUAGUCAAGCCAUUGAUCCUGCUUCAACAAAAGUGCUAGUUAACUAAUACGUACUUUAGUGGGCCAGUUUUAUGGCAUUCCACUUAUGUGGAUUUAGAUCCAUAAUUAUUUUCCUCCUAUUAUCUACUAUAUAAUUUCAAUAUUUUUUUUUUGUGCAUAUUAUAAUGGUGUUUUAGAACUUAUUUCAAUAACUUCUGCUGGGUUUCCAUGUUUUUAAUCACCAUUAUGUGCCUUUUUACUCCUUGGAAUAUCAUAGUGACUACUCUAAAGUAACAGUCUGGAUUAGCUUGGCUCCCAUAAAUCCACACAGAAAUGGCCUGCUAAUCUUCAAAAAACAUUCUCAUCUGUGACUGGGUUCAGUAACUUAGACCUUGUUCAUUAGCACCAAGUGCAAGCAAAUGUGUAAAUAAACUUGGCUUUGUAUACCCUGCUGGCACCAUUGCUAUCAAAAUCAGAUUGCCUGUACAUCCUUGAGAUCUUUUUGUUUAUGCCAUCUACCAGCAUACAGUUUACUUUAAACUAUGUUGCAGAUAUAAUAGUAGUGAAUCACUCAAGAUCGUACUUGGUAUAACCACAGUUGUACAACCUCCUUUAAGGUUCUGCAGGGGUUGUAAGUUAGUCUUGAACUUUUAUAGUUUGCUAUAAUAGUUUACUUGGUGGCUAACCAUCCUAUUAUUAUUAUUAUUAUAAUCAAAAAAGAAGCGCUAAGCCACAAGGACUAUACAGCGCUAACCAUCCUAAAGAGUCAUCAUACUGCCAGGUUCUUUUGAAAGUCUUAAAUUUAAGUUAUUUUGCCAAAAAGUACAUUAUCAUGACUGCUCAGACAGAUGCAUGUAAUGACAAGGUCUUAUAUUGCUACAAACUAAUGAUGCAUUCAGUAUGAAGCAGUUGUUUAUUACAACAAAAAUGAAAGCUUGUAAUGCUAGCUCCUACCACCUUGAACAAAUACAGUUUUAAAGAUUUUAAUUUUUUUUUUUUUGGAGUUUUUGUGUUUGCUACAAAGAGUACUGUAUAACUGAUAAGCUUCCUCUCUCUCACAUAAACUCUCCCUCUUCCUCCCUGUCCUGCCUUCCUUUCACAAUCCCCCAGUCUCCAUCUCAUUCUUUCCUUUAUCUUCUCUCUUCUCAUUGUUUCUUCUCUCUCCCUUCCAUUCCUGUUUUUUCUGUUUUUUACUCUUAUUGUAAUGUGUAUCCCUCUGGUGCUUGUAUAUCAUUUUUUCCUUUCCCAUAAUGCAUUUUGUCAUUAUAGUUCUGACAGCAUAACACAAAGAGACAACUCUUGGUAUUUUGGCUGGACUUCAAAACAAGUCUCACUUGUCCCCCACCUCAAUAGCUGGACAGACUGUGGCUUAGGGUAGCGAUGUGCACUUUGCCUACAUAUGCUCAGUUACCGUUCAAACUUUGUGGCACAAGGUACCGCUGAAGAAUUUUGUGAAAUAUAACCUGGUAGUUGAUUGUUUUCAGGUUUGGACAUUACUAAAGUAGUCAUCAGUUGGAGGAUUACUUCUUUUGUUCAGUCUAAAGGUUUGGUGUAAGAGAAUGUUAAAUUUUGAACUUUGUUGGAAGGCAGCUCACUAUUUUAAUGUAUGGAAGUGAGUCAAAUGUGUGGUGGGAGAAUGAUGGAAAAAUAGCAUUAGAGCUGGAGUUUUGUUAUUAGAUGUUGAGCAUGAAAUGAAAUUGUACAAAGCUUAAAAAAAAAAGAUAGAUAAGGCUGAAGUUGUGCACUAUGAAUUAAUGACAAAGAGCAUGGAAAUGAAAUAAUAAAGGGGCAAAUUUAAAUAUGAAUUACAUGGGAGGAGAGAAAGCAUGUAUGCGAAUUAGGUGUUUUAGUAUGUGGAAGAGCGAGGUAUGCAUAGAGGACUGCAUUUAAUACAGCUGAAAAUAUAGUAGACAUACAAUGUGAAUGUAUUCUACAGCAGUAAAUAAUAAUGUAUGGAUAUUAAAAAAGUAACCUAAGUAUGAAAGAUGACUUAGAGUAGUUGUUUUAUAAGGUUCUUACUUGGGCUAAAAAAAAAAAAUCAGUUAUUACCGGAAACACAUUUCUGCGGGGAAAAGGCCUGAUGUGAAAAUUGAGCAGUCACAAAAGUACACUGUAUUUAUUCAGGGAUAGCAUUGUACUUUGUUUGUACAUUCACAUAAUGCAUGAAGAUAUUUGUCAGUUGUGCACUCUUCAUUGAACAUAAUCCUUAAUGACUGCAUAAGAGUUGGUGUGUAGUACUAUUUUUUUUUUUUUCUCCUACAGCAAUAUUUCAGACAAAGUCUACAAAGAGGCCCAUGCUUGAACCUUUAAAUCUCCUAAUUGUGUAUAUUCAUCCUAAUCAUUGUGUAUUAUGUAUAUAUAAAUAUGUAUGUAUGACUGUUAUUUUCUUAGGUCUUGCACAAUCUUUAGUUUUAUUCAAAAAGAGAUGUGGGGCUUAACCAGUGACCACAAGAUUUGACGAGUGGCAUUAUUAAGGAGAAAUAUUUAAGCAUGGUUUUAAGAAGCCAUUGUGAAUGUAUGGUGUAGCUAGAGGGGGAGCAUCAUGGGAACAUUAUACAUUUCAUCCUCAUACAUUUUUUUUAUUUACCUAUGAUUUGAAAGAAUGUAUAAACUGUUAUUUCUGAAGUUGGUCUAUGAUAUUGCAAAGCAGCUUAAUUCAUUAAGGAUUUGAAUCACCAAAGCAUUUUUAAAUUCUCUACUUGAUUUUUACCUUAAUUAUGGUUAGGUUUAACAAACUUUUUGAUACAGUGGUGAUGGGUUCUGGUACUGACGUUUAAGCAGAUAUGGCAGUGGUGGUGAAUGAUCCGUCAUACGGAGCUUUAAAUGCAUCGUCACACGUGUUGAUAUUUACUAAUUAUCUGCAUAGUCUGUACCAUAGUCUCCCAUCAGGAACACUGUGAUAUUUACUACUGUAUAUGAAUAAGUUUAGUUUUGUAAUUUAAUUUGGCAUGAUCAAAGAUUUAAUCAUAUGUACCAUUUAGACAUUGUACUAAAUUUUACAAUGAUAUACAGUACUAUUCUUUGUAACCAGCUUUUCCUCUAUGCAGGGAAUUAUUUUCAAAGUUCUUGUCGUGUUACUUCUGAAUCUAAACCCUCUAGAAAGAGAGCAAUACAAAAAUGGCCUUCCA